UGGCCGUGCAUGAACGAAUUCUCUGGCGACGGCGCGGAGAGGUUGAUCCGUUGUGCGGUCGGCUCACUCCAUCUUAGCUGCCACCACGCGAACGAACCCGAUCCAGGACAUGCUGGACAUUGCCAUGAACUUGUCCCCGACCACGUCAGCGCGUCUCAAGCGUCGACGAGACAGCCAGUACUCAAGUCUCAGUGUCCAGCCGCCGACGGACAAGUGCUCCCGUCGCGGGAACGACGCGCCGUCCACUCUUUCAAGCGGUGGUAUUCUGUCCACCGCCGUUCUUACCACGUCGUUUGAGCCGUCAACCACCCAGAGUGACGCCGAAGCCAUGGUCAUCGCGGCUGAAAUGUCCAUCGACUUCUACGACGAAGCGUUUGUUCUGUACAACAUGAUAUCGGAAUUUCGACCAAGUUCCUCCACCAGCGAUGGCAACACCAUGGAUGUCCUCAUGCAGCGACUUGGCCUCCACGUCCACGACGAACGCAUCCUGGCUGACGUCGAGAACGUCCGCAACAUUUACCGAGGCUUGCUGCACGUCUACGUGUAUUUGUACCGUGAAUACCAUAGACAAUUCGCACAGCUCGACAUGGUGUCCCACCUGUCUCUGUGUUGGCACCGUCUUGUAGCGUUCGCGACCGAAUACCGCGUGCUCGACCCCAAGUUGCUCCAUGGGUCGUACGAGUACACGAUGCAAUUUGUCCGUCAAAGCGAAGCUGUUUCUGCUUGUCGACCUGCCGUCUAACGUGUAAAAUGUCCAGAGUUUCGAAAUGUCGUGCGAGUCUUUGGUCCUGCUGGCCAUGUAGAUGUAGUACAUCAAGGACGACGCCGCAUGCUUGUACCUCGUUUCCAGUAGCAGCGACCGGUCGCCGCCAACGACAUGGCAUCGUGGGUCGCUGUGUCUAGUUUUUUGCAAGGAUCACCCAUAUAUACAU